AUGUUUUUAAAAGUAUUGCUCUCUACUUUCUGUACUUUAUUAUGUUCAAGUAUUGCAGUAUCGUAUGGUUUAAUAUCAAUGCUACAAGAACCACCAAUUGAAUUUACAGAGGUUGUUCUUAACAGGUGUUUGGGUAAUAGUUUGGAUGUUGGGGCUCAAUAUAGUAAAUUUACUAAAACGAAUACGUAUGAUCAAUUGUUUGCAUGGUUACUUUAUCUCCUUAGGAAUGGCUUACCAUCGUCAACAACAAAUAUAACAUUUAUAAAUACAAGUAUAACAAAAUCAAAAUAUGCAAUAUUACAUGCAAUAAAGGAAAGGGUUGGGUUUGAUUGGUCGACUGUUCAUAGCAAGGUAUCACCCAACAUGCAACAAACCAUCAAACAAGAACUACUCAUAGAUGCAAUCAGAGGCGAUGGUGUCAAUGAUCCAGACCCUCCCUUUAAAAUUUGUUUGGGUCCUUUAAGAUCUGAUAUUAUUCAUUCUAUUUGUAAAGUCGGACAAUGGAAAGAAGAAUGGAAAGAAUUGAUUGAAUUUAUAGAGAAUGCAAAUGAUUAUGAAAAUGAGAGUGCAAGAGAGGUGGCACAUUUAUUGGUGAUCAAGAUAAUAUCAGAGUUUGGUGAAUCUGAAAAGAUUGAUCGGUCAAUCCUCGGUGCCAUUACAAACAAGACUAAAUCUGUCAUAAAUACUGUAAAUAAUCGAUUACUACUUCAAGAUGUAAAGUUUUUUGGUUCCAUUUUACAAGUCAUUUUUGGAAAAGAGAAUCAAAGAAUAGGACUAGAAAAAGAAAAGAAACAAGAGACUUGUAUAGCAUUACUCGAACAUGUCUCAAGCCUUCAAGGUAGAAUAUUUAAUUAUGUCAAUGAUGAUGAUUUUGUUGAUUUAAUCCUAACAUCACUUGAAACAAACAAAAAAAUUCAAAACAUAUUAAAUAUUCAAAAUAUAAUUUACAAAAACCAAAAAUCUGAUAAAACAAGAUUAGUAAUACCAUUUGUUGAAUUAUUUAAACCACCUCUUAUUAUUAAUGGGGAUGCUGAUGUUUACAAGUAUAAAUGUAUACUUGAUAUACUUAAACUCAUCUUUCCAAACAUUUGUAAAAAGGUAGCAUCUGAUGGUUUUCAUCUACUUUUUAGAUAUACUAUUUUGGAAUCGACGACGACAAGUCCUAUUAAAACUGGUGAUUUGUUAGGUCUUGUUCAAUAUAUCAAGGAUGAUAUUUCAAUUUACCUUGCUCAUUUUAUAAAACAUUUUUAUAAAACUGUAGAUACUGAUGAUGAAAGAGGUAUAAUAUUGUUGAAAAAGAUUAUCAAAGUUGUACCACCAUCAUAUCUAUACCCAUACCUUCAAAGUCUGGUAACAAAAUUAAAUUUGGUUACAAAUCACGAAAAGAUUGCAAUAUCAAUCAUGCCAUAUUUAGUUUCUAUUCAAUUAACAAAAGAACGAGAACUAGAACGACCACUAAAAGUAAUACGAGAAGAGUCAUCCAAUGGAAAGAGAAUAUUUAAAAUAUUCUUUAAAAAGAUAUUGGAACAAGUUGAAAACUUUGAUCAAGAUGUACCACAUAUUGAUGAAAUGAUCAAUAUUGUAUCUUCACUAGAUCAUCUUGUUCAUAGUCUCAAUAUGAGCUCUAAACAAAUCAAUUAUUGUUUCCAACAAUUGAUUGGUCAAUUUGGUCGUCUCAUGUCUACAUUAUCCAGAUCUCCAAUGUUUAACCAUUCGCAUCAAUUAUCACAUCAACAAAUGGAUGAAUAUGGUGAAUAUGAAGAAGAAGAUAUUGAAGGAAAUAACCUAUACACUUUAAAAAGAAUACAAUUACUUGGUGUACAAAGUUGUAUAUCUCAAUUUUUAACCAAUCUAUUGGAAUACACUAGAGAUGAAUUUGUACUGUCAAAUCACAACGAUGCAAUUCAAUCUUGGAUAUUGGAAACAAAGAAAAUAGCCAAAGGAGAAAAAUCGAUAUUUCAAUAUCCAAUUCUAUUGGUACUAAAGAAUCAACACCCAAACAUCAUUGAAUUGGGAUCGGCAGUUGAAUUGGAUUUCAUUGUCAAUUUGUUGAAUGGUUUAAACCAAAAUAUUGAAAGUAUUGUUGCAGAGCAUAAAAAUAGUAUUGUCAAGUCUGUCAAAACAAUCACUCGAUUUAUAGAAACCUAUUAUUCAUUUAACAACAACUACAAUAUUAUAAAAUAUACCUAUUCAAUUAACCAAAAGAUUAUUUAA